AUGAGCAAUCUGUAUACCAAACGCAGCGUCGCUCAAAAAGACUCGCAGCCCUGUUUGGUGUGCUUUCUGCCCACCACAUGUGUGUUAUACAACUCAUCGAUCCAAGACUGGUUUUACUGCUGUGAACUGCAUUUCAAAGACAAUUUAGGAUUUGCCAAGCCGGUGUACUCCAAAAGUUAUGAAGAUGCGAUCGAGAAAUUAAAAGUGGUGAAGCAGAAGCUAGAUGCAGAAAAGGUAAAACAGGCGGGAUCAUGGGAUUCGUGGGUGAACAAAUUCAUUUCCAAGGAACCAAGUCAGGAAAGUCCGCAAAACGCAGCACAAGCCGAGACUGAGACUGAAACAGGAACAGAGUCAGAAUUACAGGCGUUGAAAAAUGAAUAUCAAAGAUUGACAGACUUGAUAUCUCAGGGUCAAAAACAGUUGCGCUCCUUUACAUUAAGCCCUGUGAUGUUUGAAAGUCGUGUGGACGCCAAAAAGAGAGGCCAUAUACUAAGACAAAAGGCAAAGCGUGAACAGGAGAAUUACAGCAACACGGACCCAGAUGAAUUAAGUGCUAAAUUUGAUUUUCCAGCCGUACCAAAAAAGAUAUAA